AUGAAAGCUUUACAUUCCUCUGAUAAGUCAGAAUCAAAUUCAGAAGUGAACGAAGUUCAUUCAAGUUCUGAUUCAAAAGAGAUUGAGAUGGAAGCAUUUGAAGUAGAUGAAGGAUAUGUAGAAGAAGAAAUUGAACCAUUACAUAAGAAACAUCCUAAUUGUUGUCAAAUUGCUUUUAUGCAAAGGGCACCAAAAUACAUUAGAAAAGGAAGAAAAGGAAGUUUGAAUGUUAAAGAAAUUGGUCAAUUACCACAUACACUUGAUAUUGAAAUGACUCAUAAAAAAAUUACAAAAUGUUGGGAAAAAGAAAAAGAAAAGCAUCCUAAAAGUCCAUCAUUAUUAAGAACAUUAUUCAGAAUGGAAUGGGGUCAUUUCUUGAUUUGUUUUAUUGCAAUUUUAAUUUCUCAACUUUCAACAUUAGUUAUUCCUGCUAUUAUUCAAUUUAU